GCAGUCGUGUUCAGAAAAGGAGGAUUAGAUUCAGCACAGGUACAUAAAACGGCACCUCGUACAUUCACCUCUUUGAGGCGUCUGGCAAACGGGACACUUGCUUGUCCACCACACUCACACAAUGUCGUCAGAAAACCUGGACUCGGACACUCAGGUGGACUACGAGGACGAAAAACAGGACUCCCAGGAGAAGAAUGCAAACCCAGUGAAGGCGGAGGAGGCCAAGCUGAAGGCCAAGUACCCUGGCCUGGGCCAGAAGCCCGGCGGUUCAGACUUCCUCAUGAAGAGACUACAGAAAGGGCAAAAGUACUUCGACUCGGGCGACUACAACAUGGCCAAGGCCAAGAUGAAGAACAAGCAGCUUCCUGUGGCGGGGCCCGACAAGAACCUGGUAACCGGCGACCACAUUCCCACGCCGCAGGACCUGCCCCAGAGGAAGUCCUCCUUGGUGACCAGCAAGCUAGCCGGCUAGCCUUCAUCAUCCCAGAAGCACCCUCACCCACCCCUCCUUCUCCCCGGGGCUCAGGGCAAAGGUCCCCCUUCCUCCUCCUCCUCACCUGUGUCCCCGAUAUGUCAACCCCUCCCACUCCCCUCUCUUCCCUCUACAUCCCCAGGCACCACUGGCUUUAACAUAUCGGGCAGAGUUGUAUAAGUUAAAACUCCAUUUGCUUGUAUGUGGGUGGGGCGGGGUGGGAGGGAUGGAGGUUUAGGCGGCCCACGAGGUCGCAGCCUUCUCUGCCUUCCCGCCACGCACAGCUCUGCCCCCUCUGCGCACUCUGCUCUACCGCCUCCCUUAUGUCUUGGUUUUCGGUGUUCCAAGAUGCAUCAAAGUAGGUGUGUGUCAUCAGGCAGGGGUUGGAUGGGGUGAGUUAAUGCACUUUGUAUUCUGUAUAGUAUGUUUUGUUCUUUUUUUUUUUUUUUCCUUUUUUUUUUGCAUCCUGAAUGACACCAAAAUAAUGUGUGUAAGGGAGUUAGGAACCAUGAUCGCAGCGUGUUCUUUGGUCUUUAUGUUCCCCUCCCUAUGCUGGUGGCUGGCUUUGGCGGGAGGGGAUGGAAGAUGUAUGUCAAUAAUUGCUUGCAUACCAAAUCUGUGAGGGACAGCUGCCCAGAUUAAGAGUUGUUUAGCAUUCACCCACACCAUAUUGGGAAAUGGGAGGGGGGAAAUGAACGGAGGCGUCCUUUCAUCUCAUCCUUUGGUCACCUUUCGUCGAAUAAAACCAGAGGUCAUCUGCUACAGCUCAGCCAAACAGGGAGUUGAAACGCCACGUUUUUCCCUCUCUCUGCUCAUGUUGCUUUAAUUCUUGACUCCCUUUGCUCCUGUUCUCUCUAAAUAUGCUGCAUGAUUGUAACAUGUAACAAAAAAGAAAUUUAACAUGUUUUUUAACGGGAGUGAGGCAUCUGCUUAAUGAUAGGACGUAUCAAAACAAACACAUAAAGCCCUGAAAUGUCCAUAGUCACACUUCCUUCCUUCCUUUUCCUUUUUGCUGUCCUGACAAUCCAUGUACACACACUCUUGUUUGCGGCCCAGGGCAAGAGCCAGCUGAGUAUAUCCUCGUAUGAUUUUAAAGGCUGGGAACCCUGCCAAUCUCUGAGUUCAUUCUUAGUUUGGUUGCUUUUGAGUUGCAUCAAGAUGUGUGUUUACUAUGAGCCUAAAAGAUUUGUGGGGGGAUUGAAGCACCCUGCAUAGAGUUUAUUCUUCUGUAAAUAAUACUCCCAUCAAAAGCACGUAAUUUGUGAUAAGCGCAGCGCUUUAAGGAGCAGACCAGCUAGCAUGCCUGACAGAAAUGGUAGUGCUAAAUCAACUCACUUGGGAUUACAACCUCGGAUUUCUGGCUCGGAAAUUCUAUGCUUUACCAACCGAGCCAAAUUUCACACUACAGCUAUCCGGCUCAGAGACUGUGGAUACACAUGUCUUUCCGAUGUGUCUGUUACCAUCUAAUCAUCUGGCUCGCAUUGUGCUGUGACGAGGCAGACUGCAGACCACGCCGGUCUGGCUUCACACUGUGUUUGCAUCUCAUGAAGAUAUGAAAGACACAUCUUACUUUGCUGUGGUCUUUAAAACACAGAUCCAAACACCGCUAGAAGUUAGCUUUUCAGUGUCACAUGUGAACACGUGUAUUUGACAUACAGAAGCCACAUUAAAAAGACAAAACUAACCACAAUCAUAGCCUUCACAGUUGUGUCCAGCAGUGUCACACGUGCAGUAUAAAGAUAGUUUUCAGACAUUUGGGAAUGACUUAUUCUUGCUGCUUGUUCAAACUAAAAAUGGAAAAUAGAAUUCUCAUUUUCUGUGAGAGAUUGUUUUCUCCAUGUUUUAACACUUUCAGAUUAAAUAUCACAGUCAGAAGUAGUGGUUCCCUAGACAUCUUGCCCUCUUUGGUAAUUCACCAUGUGAAACACUAACUACUUUACUUCCCUAUAGACCUACUUCUGCUCCCAGCACCCCUUAGAACAGUAUUCUUUCUUCCCAAACUGACACACUACACAGACCGAUCUGUGUCAGAGGUGGUAAGCAGCAGGCAACCUGUUAACCACAGGUGUCAGCCCAGCUCCCAACAUCGUCAUUGCGGGCUUAAAGUGGGACACUGCAUGCCUGCAGGAUGUGCUCACUCUUAACACUUGGCAAAGCAGAGAGAUUUUAUAACACAUGGUGAGGGGGGCAAAGUGUGAGUGAGUGCUCUGCGCUCAAGUCCCACCUGUUAAUGUGGUUCAGCCUCUGAAACAGGUCAACGGAGCGAUCACCAAAUCUGCAGACUUGGACUGCCUGCCGUCCACAUUAUUUAAGAAUCUAAACUGGAUGCCAACGCUCACUGAGAAUUAGCCUCCUUGUAUAAUACUGCUUCAGGGAACCUUCACAAAUGCACACUCCACCAUGUAGGCUAGGCGAUUUAGGGUGCAUGCACCAUCUCAUUCUCAACCUCAUUUGUUUUUCAUUGAGACUUUAAAAUGUGUCAAAUUUGCAGUGGGUGAAAGAGAACUGACCUGUACGUAUGUGCUUGUUCUGGCGUUGUAUGAAUGCACUGCUUUUCUCUGUUCCAGCCAUUGUAAAUAGACUUCAACAGGAAGGGAUUUUUUGCGUUUUUCCCACCUGCUUUUCACUCUUUCAUAGCCUGAGCUAUUUCUGAUUCAAUGGUUCCUCUCCUUUCAGUUUAACACUACUUCUGCUCUAUCUUAGUGUAUUGCAGAGGCUAUGUGAAUCUGUAUCAUAUGAAAAUAUGUGUAAAUGCUGCUGAUUCAGUCAAAGACAAAUCUAAGAGAUGAUAACCCUGUAAAGAACACCUGUCCUCUUGAUUCUACCAGUCCGACUCUCUUCUUCCCACCCGAGCAUCUCUGUUGCAGAGUCCUGCAGCUCCUAUGGCAAAGUCGAUUCAGUUUCAGACUGUGGUAAACUUCAAUUCAAAUUAUACCGUAACAUUAAAGGUACAUGGUUGAAUUUGAUCCAACUUUUGGUCUGGCCAUUAAAAGAAAAGUGUGCAACGCUUUAUGUCACUCUGAUUGAUAAGAACGGACCAUUUAGCAUCCUAUUAUGUUUAAAAGCCCACAGUUUCCUGUUUUAACAAGAUUGUUAAAAGAAAUGGGUGAAUAAGCUACAACAUGUUCUAUGAAAACAACAGUGGACAGGAGUUCUUGAAUGCUACUUGAUGUUUGGCUUUGCACGGAGCAGUUCAACGAGAGGAAAAUAGCAGGGUAUGUUUCAAACCCAACACACAGGGUGUCUCUCGUUCAGCUAUGUUUAACACGUGCCAGAAUGUAUAAUGAAAUGACAGGCUGUGUGCUCUGAAGUACUUUUGUGCUGCUUUUACCUUAAUCUGUUUUCUUGUUGUUUUGCAAGUAAAUGUUUGUUUUUUUUUCUUGUGUUCUCUUAUUGCAUAAUUAGUAUAUUUGAUCCUGGCCCAUGAUAACUGCAGGGAAAUCAGAGGCACCCUUGCUUCCAAGAAAAAAAAAAAAAGGGUUUACAUGAAAAAGAGGAUGACUG